GAUUUUUGUACCCAAAAAAAAAAGAAGAAGGAAAAUUAUUAGAACCAAACCCCAAAAUCUGUUACAUGUUUUAUCAUGUGUUUCCUUUUUUGUUAGGGUUUUACUAUAAGAAAAAAAAUCUUUGAAUUGUUGAAAAUAUUAUUUUUUUUUGUUUCCAGAUUUGCCCUUAUCCACUCUUCUUUGUUGUGGAUUGGUUAUAUAAUCUUCCUGUGUGUUGAAAAAUUCUAGGGUUUCUAUGUGAAACUCUUUUGAUUUUGAGAGAUAGAUAGAGAGAGAGAGAGAGAGUUUGAGCUGCUUGUAGUUCAAUGGGAAUUCCAGACUCUUGGAUCAGCAACAUAAUAACUUUAGUCAUUUGAUGAGGAUGAUAAACUGAAGAUAGACAAUUGUCAUAUUGGACCUGUGAAAUAGAUCGAUUCCUUUCUGCAUAAAGUGAACAAGUUGGAAACGAUAAUAUCUAUUGUCUUUGUUUCCUGGUCCUGAUGGGAACAGAGUUUAUGAGAGCUUGCAUUAAAGAUGAGAAUGAUGACUUUCCAUCAGUUCCACCAGGUUUUGAGUCAUUUACUUCUUUUACCUUGAAGAAGGUACAAGAUAGUGAGGAACCUAACAAGGGAAACACAAUUAGUAGCUCGGCUUUAACAAAUGAUUCUGAGUCAAAGCCUGUUAAGAUGGAAACUGAGGUUGACAACAGUGAUACUGCAAAGACUAAAAGGUGCCUCCGGCGUAAACCUUUGAUAAACUAUGGACGAUAUGAGAACAGUUCAGGGGAUGAGUCUGAUGCUGAGCGGCUUGAUCAAAAUUUUUCCUCAAGGCCUCGCCUUCCCAAGGGGGUUAUCCGAGGAUGUCCAGAGUGUAGUAACUGCCAAAAGGUUGCUGCAAGAUGGCAUCCAGAAGAUGCUUCCAGGCCAGACCUUGAGAAUGCUCCCAUCUUCUACCCAACUGAAAAGGAGUUCGAAGAUACUUUGAACUAUAUAGCAAGCAUACGUCUUAGAGCUGAACCAUAUGGAAUCUGUCGCAUUGUACCUCCCUCUUCCUGGAAACCUCCCUGUCCUCUUAGGGAGAAAUAUAUAUGGGAGGGUGCUAAAUUUGCUACACGUGUCCAGAGGGUUGACAAACUUCAAAAUCGAGUGUCAAUGAAAAAGGUGUUCAAGGGUCAUAAUAAUAUGAAGAGGAAAAGGAGAAGAUGCUCACGGAUGGCGGUAGAUUGUGUGACUGGUAGUGGAGAACCUUGUGAUGCUGGAAUUUUAGAGGCUGAAACGUUUGGGUUUGAACCUGGUCCAGAGUUUACUCUGGAAGCUUUUAGGAAAUAUGCAGAGGACUUCAAGGCCCAAUACUUUAGCAAGACUGAAACUGUUACUGAUAUGGGGGCUAAUAUUGCUAUGCUUGAACAGCAGUGGGAGCCAUCCAUUGAGAAUAUUGAGGGUGAAUAUUGGCGAAUGGUUGAGAAACCUACUGAAGAAAUUGAGGUGCUGUAUGGGGCUGAUUUGGAAACCGGGCUAUUUGGCAGUGGGUUUCCCAAAAUGUCCAGUCAAGUUGGUUUUGCUUCAGAUGAAAUGUAUAUAAAAUCGGGCUGGAACUUAAAUAACUUUCCUAGGCUUCCUGGAUCUGUACUAUCUUAUGAAAGCAGUGAUAUAUCUGGUGUUCUGGUGCCAUGGUUAUAUGUAGGGAUGUGCUUUUCCUCCUUUUGUUGGCAUGUCGAAGAUCACCACUUGUACUCGUUGAAUUACAUGCACUGGGGUGCCCCGAAAAUUUGGUAUGGUGUCCCUGGUAGGGAUGCCUGUCAAUUGGAGGAGGCUAUGAGAAAGCAUUUGCCUGACCUUUUUGACGAACAACCAGACUUGCUUCAUAAGCUUGUCACACAGCUUUCCCCAUCCAUACUGAAAUCUGAGGGGGUCCCUGUCUAUAGGUGUGUACAGAAUCCUGGGGAGUUUGUUCUGACCUUCCCUAGAGCAUAUCAUUCAGGGUUCAACUGCGGCUUCAAUUGUGCAGAGGCAGUUAAUGUAGCUCCGGUUGAUUGGCUGCCCCACGGGCAGGUUGCUGUAGAGCUAUACCGUGAGCAGGGACGAAAGACUUCCAUUUCGCAUGAUAAAUUGUUACUUGGGGCUGCAAGGGAAGCAGUGAGAGCUCAUUGGGAACUAAAUCUACUCAAGAAAAAUACCUUGGAUAACUUGAGAUGGAGAGAUGUCUGUGGAAAGGAUGGGAUCUUAUCUAAAGCACUCAAGGCACGUGUUGAGAUGGAACGAGUGAGGAGAGAAUUUCUUUGCAGUUCUUCAAAGACAAUAAAGAUGGAGAGCAAUUUUGAUGCCACCUGUGAGAGAGAAUGCAGUGUAUGCCUUUUUGAUUUGCACCUGUCUGCAGCAGUUUGUCGUUGUUCCCCAGAUAAAUAUGCAUGUUUAAAUCAUGCAAAGCAGUUCUGUGAAUGUGCUUGGGGUAAUAAAUAUUUUCUUUUUCGCUAUGGCAUCGAUGAAUUAAAUAUCCUUGUUGAGGCAUUGGAAGGAAAAUUAAGUGCUAUAUACAGAUGGGCAAGACUUGAUCUUGGACUUGCCCUGAGUUCUUAUGUGUCCCGGGAGAAUAUGCUGCCAGUUGGUAAAGACCUGAAGAACUCAACUGGGAUCAUGGAUGAAAUUUCUCAACUUAAAAAGAGUGCAGAAGUUGAAUCACGUUUGAAGGACAGAAAGGUAUCAUUGAAAUUUCCCAGUUCUUCACAUAAGAUUGAGACAGUGAACCGUAACUCUCAAUUCAAGAAAGAACAAUUUGUUGUUUUGGGCCUUUUGGCUCCCAAAUUAAAAAAUCCUGUUUGCCAGUUGUCUCAAGAAGACACAUCAUAUGCUGCAACUUCAGCUGCAGAGGAAUCUCGAGUGAAGAAACCCUCAGUCUUGAAACAUGAUAAUGUUAUUCUUCUAAGUGAUGAUGAAUGUGAUGAACCCAAGAAGCUUGUUUCAAAAAAAGAACAGGAAACUUCUUCAGAGAAGAAUUUAGGACUUUCUGAGAGGCUGGCAGGUUCAGAUGAUAAACCAAGCCUGUGUAAUUCUAAUAAAGAUUCAAUCCUGGCUACCCCUAAUACCGAUGCUGCAGUGAUUGGUGAAAAGGAUGUCAGUUCAUUAAUUGAUGCAGAAAGAAAUAAUUGUUCAUCUCAUUCUAUGCACAUGAAAGAUGGAGAUAAUGGAAGUUUUGGACCUCUUCUAGGGUCAAAUCCAUCAAACAUGUCGUACCUUGUAGCUUCUACUAGUGUAGAAGUAGGAGGACAAUCUCAAGAUUCCUCUACUACUAGAGAGACCAGUGAACAUGAUAUGGUAAAUUCUGGGAGUUACCCACAGAAUCCACAACCAUCUGGUGGAGGAUCGCCUAACAAUAAGGAUACGCAUGAAAAGAUGGAAAUAAAUGCAACCUCAAAUUCAGUAGAUAAUAUAAGUGAAAAGGUGGGAAUAAAUGCAACCUCAAAUUUAGUAGAUAAUGUAAGAACUAUUACUGGAAACCCAUCUUGCACCUCAAACAAUUUGGACAGAUAUUUCCGCCAAAAGGGUCCUCGCAUUGCCAAGGUAGUGCGGAGGAUAAACUGCAAUGUAGAACCUCUGGAAUUUGGAUUUGUGCUUUCUGGAAAGUCGUGGUGCAACAGCCAGGCCAUUUUUCCCAAAGGAUUUAGGAGCCGGGUUAGGUACAUAAAUGUAUUAGAUCCGACAAAUAUGUGUUACUAUGUCUCAGAAAUUCUUGAUGCAGGACGCGAUGGACCUCUGUUCAUGGUUUCUUUGGAGCAAUGCCCAAGUGAGGUGUUCAUUCAUGUCUCCGCUGCUAGAUGCUGGGAAAUGGUGAGAGAUAGAGUGAAUCAAGAGAUCACAAGGCAACAUAAACUGGGAAAAGCAAACCUUCCUCCUUUACAGCCUCCUGGCAGUCUUGAUGGCUUUGAAAUGUUCGGGUUCUCUUCACCUGCAAUCGUGCAGGCCAUAGAGGCAAUGGAUAGGAAUCGAGUUUGUACUGAGUACUGGGACUCACGGCCCUACUCCCGACCUCAAGUGCAGAUUCCACAAACUUCUCAAUACAAAGACAGUGAGGAAAGAAAUGAUCCAGGGGGCCCCGGAAAUCCGCUUUUGCCCGUUGGAGUUGAUAGAAUACUGAGGGGCCUAUUCAAGAAGGCAAACCCAGAAGAAUUGAACUCACUGUAUAGCAUUUUAUGUGACAAUAGGCCAACAGCGGAUCUAGGCUUAGUGACUCAGCUGCUUAAUGAAGAGAUUCACAAUCAUCCUAGAUGAUUCAUUAUUUGGUCUCAUGAGAAUUUGAGACCAAACUCCAUAUGGAAGGUUUUUUUUUUUUUUUGACUUUGUAAAUUCUCAGUUCCUGCUGCCAGGUUGCACCUUCUUUGCAGUCAACCUGGUCAUUCUUUAACCAAAGAGGUAACAUUAAGAAAAGAAAGGAAAAUAAGAAAAAGAAAAUGGCUACAUUUCCUUUGAAAUUUUCGCCAUAUUGGCUGUUAGUAGCUGUGAAGAAGCUGGAGAUACAUCUUGUGGGUACCCCUGUUUUUGUUUCUGAUAUGGGUUCCGCCAUCUUCUAGCACGGAGUAGAUAAACUCUUUAUUAAUUUUUUGUUUUCUUUUUCCAGAUUCACUUUGAUCUUUAGCGUAUUGAUCAUUGUUAGGAACUUCUAGGUUAGAUGUUACUAUAGAGCUAACUUUUAGUUAUGGAUAAAUUUCCUUUGUAACUAAUUUGUAAUUUGUUAAGAUUUGUAUACUUGCUGUGCAUUUGUGAAUGGAACAUAUGGAACUUAAUCCCAUGCAAACAAUUUUCCUCAAAUCUCA